GGUAACACCCUUGUCCUGGUCGUGACUACAAAGAGCGCGCGCAUGAAGACAAGGACGAACUUCUUCCUGGCCAACUUGGCAGCAGCAGACCUGUGUGUCGGGGUGCUGUGUGUCCUUCCGAAUUUAAUGUCGUUUCUGGACCCGGGAUGGCUUCUGGGAAAGGUAUGCAGCUGGCUACACUGA